AGUAGGGGGCGUGGGAGGUAAGUGCGCGCGCGCCUGCUCGCCUGCAGCCGUGGAGUCGCGCGGGGCGGGGCCGUGUGCGCGGGGUCGGGGGCGCGCGACCGAAGCGGACAAGGGACGUGGCGGCGGUUGGCUGUGGCUGUUGAGAGAGUACAGGACAGCCAGGACCGCGAGAGGCGGCGGCAGAGGCAGUAGUUGCACCGGCAGAGGCGGCCGCUGGCAGCGGUUGAGGCGGCGGUCCAACGCGUGCUCUCUGGGCGGGGUGCGGCGGGGGAUGUGCCUGCCCAGGCCGGGCGGAGUCUCUCUGACAGGGCGGGGGAUGCGCCGCGGCAGCUCGCCCGGACCCUGAGGCUGCUGGGCCCACCCUCCCGGCACCGUCCGACCCUCGGUGGCCUCGGCCUCUUCUGCCACCUCCGGUCCGACCCUGGGGCGGAGGGUGGAAGGCAGCUUCCGUCGAAGAGGAGGGGGCUGCGGUGGCCACCGCGGCGGAGCCCGAGUUAUUUUACCAAGAAAAUGGUUUGCACGACUUUGAACAUAUACUAUCCAUGCUGAUGGGACAGGAUCCAAUAUGAAUAUAAAUGAUGGAGGAAGACGACGCUUUGAAGAUAAUGAACAUACAUUACGGAUAUAUCCUGGGACUAUUUCAGAAGGGACAAUCUACUGUCCGAUUCCUGCCAGAAAAAACUCCACAGCUGCUGAGGUGAUUGAGUCUCUUAUAAACAAACUUCAUCUUGACAAAACAAAAUGUUAUGUUCUAGCAGAGGUAAAGGAAUUUGGUGGAGAAGAAUGGAUCCUCAAUCCAACAGAUUGUCCAGUUCAGCGAAUGAUGUUGUGGCCCCGAAUGGCUCUGGAAAAUCGCUUAAGUGGAGAGGACUACCGCUUUCUUCUGAGAGAGAAAAACCUUGAUGGAUCAAUCCAUUAUGGUAGCCUGCAGUCAUGGCUACGGGUAACAGAAGAACGUCGCAGGAUGAUGGAACGGGGUUUUCUUCCACAGCCUCAACAGAAAGACUUUGAUGAUUUAUGUAGUUUACCUGAUUUGAAUGAGAAAACUCUCUUAGAAAACCUACGAAAUCGCUUUAAGCAUGAAAAAAUUUAUACCUAUGUUGGCAGUAUUCUAAUAGUUAUUAACCCAUUCAAGUUUCUUCCUAUUUAUAACCCCAAAUAUGUCAAAAUGUAUGAUAACCACCAACUGGGAAAACUUGAGCCCCACAUUUAUGCUGUGGCUGAUGUAGCUUAUCAUGCCAUGCUUCAGCGCAAAAAGAAUCAGUGCAUCGUGAUUUCGGGAGAGAGUGGUUCUGGGAAGACUCAAAGCACAAACUUUCUAAUUCACCACCUUACUGCUCUCAGUCAGAAAGGAUUUGCCAGUGGAGUGGAACAGAUUAUUCUUGGAGCUGGACCAGUACUUGAGGCCUUUGGAAAUGCAAAGACAGCUCAUAAUAACAAUUCAAGUCGUUUUGGGAAGUUUAUUCAAGUAAAUUACCAGGAAACAGGCACUGUACUUGGUGCCUAUGUUGAAAAAUAUCUACUGGAGAAGUCCAGACUCGUUUAUCAAGAGCAUAAUGAACGGAACUAUCAUGUAUUCUAUUACCUCCUGGCAGGAGCAAGUGAAGAUGAGAGAUCAGCAUUCCAUCUUAAGCAACCAGAGGAAUAUCAUUAUCUCAAUCAGAUAACAAAGAAACCCCUCAGACAGAGCUGGGAUGAUUAUUGCUAUGACUCUGAGCCGGAUUGCUUCACGGUGGAAGGAGAAGAUUUGAGACAUGACUUUGAGCGCCUACAACUUGCCAUGGAAAUGGUAGGAUUUCUUCCCAAGACACGAAGACAGAUUUUCUCUCUUCUCUCAGCCAUACUGCAUUUGGGUAAUAUCUGUUACAAAAAGAAGACAUACCGGGAUGACUCCAUUGAUAUCUGUAAUCCUGAAGUUCUGCCUAUUGUCUCAGAAUUAUUAGAGGUUAAAGAAGAGAUGCUAUUUGAAGCAUUAGUUACAAGGAAGACGGUGACAGUGGGAGAAAAGCUUAUUUUGCCAUACAAGUUGGCAGAGGCUGUGACAGUGAGGAACUCCAUGGCUAAGUCUCUAUAUAGUGCCCUGUUUGACUGGAUAGUUUUUCGAAUUAAUCAUGCACUUCUGAAUAGUAAAGAUUUAGAGCAUAAUACCAAGACAUUGUCUAUUGGUGUUCUUGAUAUUUUUGGGUUUGAAGAUUAUGAAAAUAACAGCUUUGAACAGUUCUGUAUUAAUUUUGCUAAUGAACGUUUACAGCACUACUUUAAUCAGCAUAUCUUUAAAUUGGAACAAGAGGAAUAUAGAACUGAAGGUAUCAGCUGGCACAACAUAGAUUACAUUGAUAAUACCUGCUGCAUAAAUCUUAUUAGCAAAAAACCAACAGGACUGCUUCAUCUUUUGGAUGAAGAAAGCAACUUUCCACAGGCUACAAAUCAAACGUUGCUAGACAAGUUUAAGCAUCAACAUGAAGAUAAUUCUUACAUCGAAUUUCCAGCCGUGAUGGAGCCUGCUUUCAUUAUAAAACAUUAUGCUGGAAAAGUAAAAUAUGGGGUAAAGGAUUUCCGGGAAAAAAAUACAGAUCAUAUGCGCCCAGACAUUGUAGCUCUUCUGAGAAGCAGCAAGAAUGCAUUUAUCUCUGGUAUGAUUGGAAUUGAUCCUGUAGCUGUUUUCCGAUGGGCAAUUCUCCGAGCUUUUUUCAGAGCCAUGGUUGCUUUCAGGGAAGCUGGGAAAAGAAACAUUCACAGAAAAACUGGACAUGAUGAUACAGCGCCGUGUGCAGUUUUGAAAAGUAUGGAUAGUUUUAGCUUUCUCCAACACCCAGUCCACCAGAGGAGCUUAGAGAUUCUGCAGAGAUGCAAGGAAGAGAAGUACAGUAUAACCCGAAAAAAUCCCAGAACACCUCUUUCUGAUCUCCAGGGCAUGAAUGCUCUAAAUGAAAAAAACCAACAUGAUACAUUUGAUAUUGCCUGGAAUGGCAGAACUGGGAUUCGCCAGAGCAGACUAUCAAGUAGCACCUCCUUGCUUGAUAAAGAUGGAAUAUUUGCUAAUUCAACUAGCAGCAAACUCCUGGAGAGAGCCCAUGGAAUUCUCACGAGAAACAAAAAUUUCAAAUCCAAGCCUGCCCUUCCAAAGCACUUGCUAGAAGUAAAUUCUUUAAAGCACCUGACAAGACUGACACUACAAGAUCGCAUUACCAAGUCUCUUCUUCAUUUACACAAGAAGAAAAAACCUCCCAGCAUCAGUGCCCAGUUUCAGGCAUCAUUAAGCAAGCUAAUGGAAACACUUGGUCAAGCAGAACCAUAUUUUGUAAAAUGCAUUCGCUCUAAUGCUGAAAAGCUGCCCUUAAGGUUCAGUGAUGCCUUGGUACUUAGACAGCUUCGAUACACCGGGAUGCUGGAAACAGUUCGAAUUCGCCAAUCAGGAUACAGCUCCAAAUAUUCUUUCCAGGAUUUUGUGAGCCACUUCCAUGUACUUCUUCCCCGAAAUAUUAUUCCAUCCAAAUUUAACAUUCAGGAUUUCUUCAGGAAAAUAAAUCUUAAUCCAGAUAAUUAUCAAGUUGGAAAAACCAUGGUCUUUCUAAAGGAGCAGGAACGACAGCACUUACAAGAUCUCCUUCACCAAGAGGUGCUCCGCAGAAUCAUAUUGUUGCAGCGAUGGUUCAGGGUCUUGCUGUGUAGGCAGCAUUUCCUCCAUCUGAGACAAGCAUCUGUUAUUAUCCAGAGAUUCUGGAGGAAUUACCUAAAUCAGAAGCAAGUCAGAGAUGCAGCUGUGCAGAAGGAUGCUUUUGUUAUGGCUAGUGCAGCUGCUCUUCUCCAAGCUUCCUGGCGUGCUCACUUAGAGAGGCAGCGGUACUUGGAGCUACGGGCUGCAGCCAUCGUUAUCCAGCAGAAAUGGAGAGAUCACUAUAGGCGCAGGCACAUGGCUGCUAUUUGCAUACAAGCAAGAUGGAAAGCCUACAGGGAAAGUAAAAGGUACCAAGAACAAAGGAAAAAAAUUAUCCUUUUGCAAUCGACAUGUAGAGGAUUCAGAGCAAGACAAAGAUUUAAAGCUUUAAAAGAACAAAGGCUAAGAGAAACAAAACCAGAAGUUGGAUUGGUGAAUAUUAAGGGAUAUGGAUCUCUGGAAAUUCAGGGUUCAGACCCUUCAGAAUGGGAGGAUUGUUCUUUUGACAACAGAAUAAAAGCCAUAGAGGAAUGUAAAUCUGUAAUAGAGAGUAAUCGAAUUAGCCAUGAAAGUUCAGUGGACUGCUUGAAGGAGUCACCAAACAAGCAGCAGGAGAGAGCCCAAAGCCAGAGUGGUGUGGACUUGCAGGAAGAUGUGCUUGUAAGAGAGAGACCUAGAUCCUUGGAGGAUCUCCAUCAGAAAAAAGUAGGCCGGGCUAAAAGAGAAAGUAGGAGAAUGAGAGAACUAGAGCAAGCUAUAUUUAGCUUAGAAUUGCUGAAAGUUCGUUCUCUUGGUGGUGUUUCUCCUUCAGAGGAUCGCAGAUGGUCUACAGAAUUGGUGCCUGAAGGCCUUCAAUCUCCACGGGGUACACCUGAUAGUGAGAGUUCUCAAGGAAGCUUGGAACUUCUGAGCUAUGAGGAAAGCCAAAAGAGCAAACUAGAGUCUGUCAUUUCAGAUGAAGGAGACUUGCAGUUUCCAUCACCUAAGAUAUCCAGCCGUCCAAAAUUUGAUUCACGGGACAAUGCCUUCAGUGCCUCAAAUGAGACUAGCAAUGCAGAGCAUUUGAAGGAUGGAACUAUGAAGGAAAAGGUGGUCUGCAGUUCUGAGUCUAUUACCUGUAAACCACAGCUGAAAGACUCCUUCAUUUCAAAUAGUCUACCUACUUUUUUUUAUAUCCCCCAACAAGACCCACUGAAAACAAAUUCCCAACUAGACACAAGUAUCCAAAGAAACAAACUAUUGGAAAAUGAAGACACACCAGGGGAAGCUCUUACUUUGGAUAUCAACAGGGAAACUAGAAGGUAUCACUGCUCAGGAAAAGAUCAAAUUGUUCCUUCUUUGAAUACAGAGUCUUCUAAUCCUGUGCUUAAGAAGUUAGAAAAGCUAAACACUGAGAAGGAAGAAAGGCAAAAGCAGUUGCAGCAACAGAAUGAAAAAGAGAUGAUGGAACAGAUUCGCCAGCAAACAGAUAUUUUAGAGAAGGAGCGCAAAGCCUUCAAGACAAUUGAAAAGCCAAGAAUUGGAGAGUGUUUGGUGGCACCAUCUUCCUAUCAGUCAAAGCAAAGAGUAGAGAGGCCAUCCUCUCUCCUCAGCUUAAAUACCUCAAAUAAGGGAGAACUUGAUGUACUGGGGUCCCUAUCAGUAAAAGAUGCAGCUCUUGCCCAAAAAGACAGUUCCUCUGCUCACUUACCCCCAAAGGACCGACCUGUCACCGUGUUCUUUGAAAGAAAAGGAAGUCCAUGCCAAUCUAGUACUGUCAAGGAAUUAUCCAAGACAGACAGAAUGGGCACCCAGCUGAAUGUAGCCUGUAAACUCUCUAAUAAUCGCAUUUCAAAAAGAGAACACUUUAGGCCAACUCAGUCUUAUAGCCACAAUUCUGAUGACCUUUCCAGAGAGGGAAAUACUAGGCCCAUUUUCUUCACUCCAAAGAACAAUAUGAGUAUUCCCCUUGUCAGCAAAGAAGCCUUAAACAGUAAAAAUCCUCAACUCCAUAAAGAAGAUGAACCAGCAUGGAAACCUGUGAAGUUAGCUGGGCCAGGCCAAAGAGAGCAGGUUGCCAGACCGGCCCAUAAAAAGAAAGCUCGAAUGGCGCGGACGCGCUCCGAUUUCUUGACUAGAGGUACUUUUGCCGAUGGGGAGGGGGAUACAGAGGAAGAUGAUUACGAUGACAUUAUUGAGCCCCUUCUCUCCCUUGACCAAGCUUCUCACUAUGGGCUAGGGCCUGCACCCAGCCUGGGUCAGGCCUCUCACAGUGACUCCGAAAUGACAUCACAGCGAUUUUCGUCAGUUGAUGAACAAGCAAAGCUUCAUAAGACUAUGUCUCAAGGAGAGAUUACCAAGUUGGCAGUGAGACAGAAGGCUUCAGAUUCAGAUAUAAGACCUCAGAGAGCUAAGAUGAGAUUCUGGGCCAAAGGGAAACAAGGGGAGAAGAAGACUACCAGAGUGAAACCUACUACCCAGUCAGAGGUUUCGCCACUCUUUGCAGGCACAGAUGUGAUUCCAGCUCAUCAGUUUCCAGAUGAAUUAGCUCCAUAUCACCCAACACCUCCUUUGAGCCCAGAACUGCCCGGCAGUUGCCGGAAGGAGUUCAAAGAGAACAAAGAACCUUCUCCAAAGGCUAAGCGCAAGCGAAGUGUGAAGAUUAGCAACGUGGCUUUGGAUUCUAUGCAAUGGCAAAAUGACUCUGUCCAGAUCAUAGCAAGUGUCAAUGAUUUAAAAAGCAUGGAUGAAUUUCUUCUGAAAAAGGUGAAUGACCUAGAUAAUGAAGACAGCAAGAAGGAUACACUAGUGGACGUUGUAUUUAAAAAAGCCCUGAAGGAAUUUCGGCAGAAUAUCUUCAGCUUUUAUUCAUCUGCAUUGGCAGUGGAUGAUGGGAAAAGCAUACGGUAUAAAGACCUCUAUGCACUAUUUGAACAGAUUCUGGAAAAGACGAUGAGGCUUGAGCAGCGUGAUUCACUGGGUGAAUCUCCAGUGAGAGUUUGGGUCAACACUUUUAAAGUGUUUUUAGAUGAAUAUAUGAAUGAAUUCAAGACUUCAGAUUGCACAGCCACAAAGGUGCCAAAAACAGAAAGAAAGAAAAGAAGGAAAAAAGAAACUGAUUUGGUGGAAGAACACAAUGGUCACAUCUUUAAAGCCACCCAAUAUAGCAUCCCUACAUACUGUGAAUACUGUUCUUCUUUGAUAUGGAUAAUGGACCGAGCCUCUGUUUGCAAAUUAUGCAAGUAUGCUUGCCAUAAGAAGUGCUGUCUGAAAACCACAGCCAAGUGCUCUAAAAAGUAUGAUCCAGAGCUGUCAUCUCGACAAUUUGGGGUUGAACUGUCCCGUUUGACCAGUGAAGACCGAACUGUUCCUUUAGUAGUGGAAAAGCUCAUAAACUACAUUGAAAUGCAUGGACUGUAUACAGAAGGUAUUUAUCGAAAGUCUGGUUCGACUAAUAAAAUCAAGGAGCUUCGGCAGGGUCUAGAUACAGAUGCUGAGAGUGUAAAUCUAGAUGACUAUAACAUACACGUCAUUGCAAGUGUAUUCAAACAAUGGCUUCGAGAUUUGCCCAAUCCUCUCAUGACCUUUGAACUCUAUGAGGAAUUUCUUCGAGCUAUGGGCCUUCAGGAGAGGAAGGAGACAAUCCGUAGUGUAUACUCUGUGAUUGAUCAACUCUCCCGAACUCAUCUCAAUACACUGGAACGCCUCAUCUUUCAUCUAGUCAGGAUUGCUCUGCAGGAAGACACUAAUCGAAUGUCUGCUAAUGCUUUGGCCAUUGUGUUUGCGCCCUGCAUUCUCCGCUGCCCUGACACCACUGACCCACUACAAAGUGUACAGGACAUCAGUAAGACUACCACUUGUGUGGAGCUGAUCGUUGUGGAACAAAUGAAUAAAUACAAGGCUCGUCUCAAAGAUAUCAGUAGCUUGGAAUUUGCUGAGAAUAAGGCAAAGACCAGGUUGUCACUGAUUCGUAGAUCAAUGGAGGGAAAGAGGAUAUUUUCUUCGGCUCAACUUUCAGACUCAUAUGACUACCAUGGGCUCCACUUGGCAUCAGAAUCACUUAGGAUAUGGGACUGGAAGUAUAGCAUGCCUGCAGAGAGCAUAAGAUCAUCUUCGUGUGGGAGCCCUUGCAGCAGUCCACAGAACCAUCAAUGAGUUAUCUUUGGCCUCUAAGUCACAACUCAGGUGCAAGGAAAAAGGACUCCACAUCCAAUGGAUGCAGAACUAUUCUGCCUUAGAAGUUUUAUGCCCGUACAGGAAUUAACCUCUUGUGAAAUUCCAUAGAUAUUGUUUCCAGGGUCCCCUCAAGGGGUAUGUCCAAUUACAACAGACUCCACUUUCAGGGAAUUCCAAAUAUAUGACUUCCUAUGGGAUAUUUACAAUUUACUUCUUCUCCAGAUGCAAUUUAUCAAUCAGAUUAAUUUUUGCCAGAGGUGAUGUUGCCUAAUAACAUCAUUUGCAUCCUGCCUUUAUCAGGUUUCCCGGGGUCCUGAGCUAGAACAUUUGACCAAAGAUCAGUUCUUACACAGACAAGGAAAGAGUUUCAUAACUCUUUACUUACAAAUGUGGUCUCAACAAAAAUAGCAAAAGAAUACUUUGGGGAUCUUUACAAGUUGAUACUAAAAUUCAUAACAAAAUAAAGAAGCAGAAUAACUAGGAAAAUUCUAAAAGAGAAAAAUAAAGGAUUAUAAUGUGAGUGGCAUUUCAAAGGUCUGGUAUUCACUAAAUGAUGUGGGGAAAAUGAAUAUCCAUGUAGGGAAGAAAAGAAACAAAAAAAAGUCGAUUCAGGCCAGGCACAGUAGUUGAUGCCUAUAAUCUCAGCACUUUGGAAGGCCAAGGCAGGAGGAUUGCUUGAAGCCGGAAGUUUCAGACCAGCCUUGGCAACAAUGCAAGAUCUUAUCUCUACAAAAAAUUUAAAAAGUUAGCUGGGCAUGGUGGUACAUGCCUAUAGUCCGACGAAUUGGGGACACUGAGGUAGAAGGAUCCCUUGAGCCCAGGAGUUCAAGGCUGCAGUGAGCUAUGAUUGUGCCACUGCACUCUAGGCUGAGCAAGAGUGAGACCCUGUAUCUUUAAAAAAAAGAAAAAAAAAACCUGAUUCACAUCAAAGACUAAAACAUAAAAGUACUGGAAGUACAGCUCUGGCACUCCAUCCUGGCAGAGGUUCUCACUGCCCUGCAUCCUGUAGAACUCAAGUACCCUACCUCUCUACCUUAAUACUGCCAAAAUAUCCAAGUAGUUUAACUCAGCUCAAAGGGCAAUUGGGAAAGAGCUCAAGGGGAAAUCAGCAAAGUUAUCAGCUAAACCUUUUCAUGCAAAAGUUGAAACCAAGCCAUAAAAGGUGGCUGAAGAGGAUACAUCUUUAGGGUGAAAAAAGUGCAAAUAAAAAGGGAAAAGGGGAGCAAAUGGAAAGAGAUUAACCAAAAAACAGUUAUCUUCAUAAAACAGAAACUGAAAACAAGCAAGAAAGAAGCUUAAGUGUGAUUAAAGAUCUCUUAUUAAGUCAGGGGUCCCAGUAUCUCAUUGUACAAUUCAGAAGAAUUUUUAAAUGAACUAUUUUAUAAGUGUACCUUUUUAGAGCUCUGAAAACACAGCUUUUAAGAGGAGAACUCCACUUCCUCCCACUUGAAAGGAAUGAAUUAAGUGCUAGUUUAUUUUUCUGUACAAACUGAGAAUAGUUAGCUCUCUAUAAGCCUAAUAAUGUCUUAAACUGCUUCCUGAUCUUGGCUCUCUGUCAGAAGCAUAUUAUCUGUGAUGUCUUUGGUAGUGGUAGUCCAGUCCAGAUUUUUCUGAUAAUCCUGUUAAUGUGCUGUAAAGAUUGGAAAUCUGGGUAUUGUGUAUAAUAUUAAAUUAUGAUUUAGUAGGACUUGAGACCUACUACUUAUCAACAGUUCAAGAUAAUUGUAUUUGAUAUUCUCAUUUUAGGAACAGUUUGCCUGCAAAGUUUAAGCCAGGAAGUCACUGGAAUAGUUACUGAGAAAAAGGAUGACAAUAUGGCUUUAUAUUUUUUCCAGUACUUGCAUUAAGAGUUGGGUACAAAUUAUUCAUGUAGUCUGUGAUCAGUCAAAACCAGUACAAUCCCUAUUAUGAUGGACAAAUAUAAUCUUGGACAGGGCUUUGCUAUUAUAUAAGACCAUUAAAGAAAAAAGUUGAAAGGUUCGGCAACAAAAACCAAGUAUUACUGUGUGACAAAAAUGACCAUAAGGAAAGUAAAAGGGAAGUGACGUACCAUAAGAAAAUAUUUUCAAUUCCUAUUUCAAAGUCUAAUUUUCCUUAAUAAAGAGAAGCUCCUAUAAGUAAAUAGAAAGAUUAGUUACCCAGUGAAAAAUGAACAAAGGAUACUAUAAACCACUUCUCAGUGUUAUCUACAGAUCCUUUUCAGGGAGGUCUACAAGGUGAAAUUUAUUUUUAUGAUACUGUCAAGAAAAUAUUUGCCUUUUUCACUCUGUGACACACUGACGGUAGAAAAACAAUUAUGGAAAAAACCACUACAAGAGAAUAUACAGUCAACAUGGAUCCAAAAGAAAAAAUUCCAGUUUGAAAAAAGUAAAUUCAUGCUUAUAGGAAAGUGGGAAAGUGAAGGAUAUUAUUCCAGUCAGGAAACUACUGUUAAUAAUUUAGUGUAUUUGCAAAUUUUGUAUUACUCAUUUUUAAAACCAGUGGUAUACAACCUUAUGUACUGUUCUUAACACAGUAUUAGUAUUUUCCCGUGUUUCUAAAAGCUCCAUGUAAUCAACUUUUUAAAAAUUAAUCUUUUUAAGAUAAUUCUAGGCUGUAGGAGUUUCCAUUUUUCUUUGUUUUGUUUAAUGCUUCUUAAAAGAGAUCAGAUCUGUUGAGCUUGUUUGAUUUUCUUCAGCUAUAUUAAAAGAUUUGCAGCUAACUCAUGGUGAAAUACUCAGUGGCCAGCUGAUGGUAUGAACACUGAAAAAAGGCAGCUCUUUUAUUGAAUACUGGAAUGUGGACACUAGGAAUAAACUCAGAUUUUCAAGCUCCUUGAGGCUUUUAAAUCAUAUUAUUUAUUCAUUUGGCUGUAAAUAGUCAAUGUCAAAUGGAACUGGAUGAUGUCCUGGAAUUUAUAAAGAAUGCUUUGUCAUUUUUUGUUAAAUUUGCAGACUGAUCUGUUUUCAGCUUGUUUUUCUUAACAUGUUUUUUCCUUGUUGAUUUUAGAACUAAAAGUGGAAUAGCAAUAUUGUAAUCCUCCUGAUUUUAUCCCAUUAAGUGUUUUAGUUUUGGAGGAGUUAGCCUGAAUGCCUUUAGAACUACCCUCCAGCCUUUACCUUAUCACCUGCCCUAGAUCAUGGAUUUCUAUUUUUUGAGCAGCACUUUUCCUUUCUUUCUUGCCAAAAUCAACUCAGAAGUUUGUCAGUUUAAAGUCACAUAAUUUUCAAAGGAUAUUCUUGUAUUUCCAUAAAUAGCUAACUCUGAAAAGGAACUCUUAAAUAUCUUUUUUAUUGCAAAAUACAACACAUACUGAAAAACACAGAAACAUAUUCAGUUUAAGGAAUUAUUAUAAAUGAACAUCCACAUACCACCCCAGCUCAAGAAAUAGGACAUUGCCAGCAUCCCCAGAAGCUCUCCUCUUUCCCUUUCUAGUCACAAUCCUCUUUCUCCUCCAAAGGUAAGCAGUAACCUGAUUUUUACAUUAAUGACUUAUUUUGUUUUAUUUUUUGUUCGCUACCAAAAUAUGUAUCCCUGAGCACUAUAGUUUUGCUUUACCCAACUUUGAGCUUUAUAUAAAUGGUAUCAUCUAAGAUGUAUUAUUUUGUCUCUGAUUCAUUUCAGUCAACCUUAUGUGUGUAAGACUUAUUCAUAUUUUGUUGUAGCUCAUUUUCAUAACUGUAUAGUUUAUCAGUGUAUGCAUUAUACCACAAUUUAGUCUACUGUUGAUGGAUAUUUGGGUUGCGUUUUGGGGAAUUACGAUUUUAAUGGACUUAUACAUGUAUUUUUGUUGGAGAAAUAUACAGGAGUGGAUUUGCAGGUCACAAGAUAUAUGUAUCUUCAACUUUAGUAGAUAAUGCCAAACUUUCUUCCAAAAUAGUUGGUUAAUAUGUUAGCAGUGUAUAGGAAUUCCCAAUUGCUCCACCUCCUCCCAGCACUUCUAUUGCCAGAUUCCUUAAUUUUAGUUAUUCUGAUGGGUGUGUUAUUUUUAAAAAUUGUAUUUUUUGUUGUGACUCUAACAUGUAUAAUGUGUGUGUAUAUAUACAUGUUGGCCAUUUCUAUAUCCUCUUUUGUGAGGAGCCUGUUCAAAGCUCUUGCUUGUUUUUCUAAUUGGAUUGUCUGUCUUUUUCUGAUGUUCUGUAGGGAUUCUUUAUGAAUUCCAGAUACAUAUCCUUUAUUGUUACUUUUGUUGCAAAUUUUCUUCCAUUCUAUGGUUUGCUUUUUUCCGUUCUUUUUUGAUGAACAGAGGUUCUGGAUCUUAAUGUUGUUAAUCAGUCUUUCCCUUUAGGAUGAAUACCUUUUAGGGUCAUGUUUAAGAAAAUGUUUCCUUUCCACGAUGCCCUGCAGUUCCCCUUUUGUUAUAAAUUGGGAGCCUUCUUAUGUGUGGGUCUGUUUCUAGGUGCUCUGUUUUGACUAUCUUUGUACCAACACCACCACUAUUUUAUUUACCCUAGCUUUCUAAAAAUAUCUGGUAGAAUAAGUCAUCCUACCUUCUUCAAUGGUGUUUUGACUAUUCUUGGCUCUUUAUAUGCCAUAUAAAUUAUGGAAUCAGCCUCAAAAAAUUCUCUUGGGACUUUUAUUGAGAUUGCAUUGGAUCUAUAGAUUGCCUUCUGGAGAACUGACAUUUUUACGAUACUGAUUUU